ACUGAAUGCGGAGUGCGUUUGGGUGUUUUUCGCACAUUCUAGAAUCUUGCAACAGCUUUGAUAUUCGGUAUAUAUUCAGGUGCUAGACACUCUCACCUCAGUAUCAACAGCAAAUUUGUGCUCUAUAGGUGUAUCAGCAUAAAAUAACUCAAAAAAUGUCUUCGGUACCAUUGACUUUCCGCGACUGGUGGAUUGAUGACGACAUGUUCUUUUCCCGUCCAUCACGCUUAAUGGACCAACAAUUCGGUCUCGGUCUUCGUAGAGAUGACCUUCUUAAUUCCCUGGAGUCCACACUGAGUUCCUACCGCAGACCCUACAUUCGCCCAUGGAGAACCGCUAAUGCCCUCCAGAAGCAGGAUUCCGGCUCCACCAUCCAACAGGACAAAGACAAAUUCCAGCCCUCGCCUAUUAGUAAGGCUUCUGAAUUGUUCCAGGUAAUACUGGAUGUCCAACAAUUCGCCCCCAACGAGAUUACCGUCAAGACAUCCGGCUCCAGCAUAGUGGUUGAGGGAAAACAUGAGGAAAAACAAGACGAACACGGUUACAUCUCUAGGCACUUCGUCAGGCGAUACAUUUUGCCAUCCGACCACGACAUCAACCAAGUUUCGUCUUCGUUGUCUUCUGAUGGUAUUUUGACCGUAAAUGCUCCGAAGAAAUCGUUGCAACCACAAAACACCGACAGGGUUGUACCCAUUGAACACACCGGUCCGGCCAAAGCCACAGUAACUGAAAGUCAACCAAAAAUUGAACAUCCCAACUAAGAUAUUUUUUGUACCAACUCCUAUUUAUUUAUUUAUUUGCAAAUACAUUUUAUAAAGUUUUAAUUAAUA